AUGGCUCGACUCUACAAGGGCGAAAGCAGCCGGGCAGGGCUCGGCUCUACAUGGGAGCGCUUCAUGUCUUCUGCAUUGAAGGUGGUUGCCUUGGUCGGGUCGCCGACCAGUUCCGCGACGUCGCGUACGUUGCUGCUGGUGCGGCACCUGCUGGAAUCGCUGCAGCAGCGGGUGCACGCCAACGUGAACCUGGUGGAGCUGGCGCCGAUCGCGCGUUCGCUGGGCCAGUCGCUGUCACGCGCCGAGGCGCAGCCGGAAGUGGAACAGGCACUGCAGGCCAUCGAGGGCGCCGAACUGCUGGUGGUCGCCGCGCCGGUGUAUCGCGGCUCGUAUCCAGGCUUGUUCAAGCACCUGGUGGACUUCAUCGAACUGGAGGCAUUGGUGGAUACGCCGGUGCUGCUGGCGGCGACCGGGGGCAGCGAGCGCCAUGCGCUGGUGAUCGAUCACCAGUUGCGGCCGUUGUUCAGCUUCCUGCAGGCGCACACGCUGCCGAUCGGGGUGUAUGCCACGCCGGCCGACUUCGACGCUGAGCGCAUCCACAGCGCUGCCUUGCAGGCCCGCAUUGCACUGGCGGCUGAGCGCGCAUCUGCGUGGCCGGAUCUGACCGCCGAUUGUCGCCUGGCAUCGCUGUUGCCGGCGCUGGCUUCUCUAGCAUCGAAAUCGAAUCGGCAUUGCAUUGCCGGCCCUGAUGAGGACGACUCCGUGAGUCUGCACGCAACCGACAAACCCAUCCUGUUCCUGCUCGACCGUGAGUUCGAGGACGGCCAGAUUCCCGGGCAGCGCUUCUUCUGCCGGCACAGCCUGCUGCUGGAAGGUGCGCUGUCGAGCAUCGACGGCCUGGACGCGCAAUUGGACGUGCGCCGCAUCGGCUUCGCGCGGCCGCGCCGCGAGGUGAUCGCCGAGAUCGGUGAACAGGACCAGUCACUGCCGAAGCUGGUAUUGCCGCAGGGCGUGCGCAGUGAGCUUGCCAGCGGCGCCCACCAGGAUCGCCAGUACAUCUCCGGUGCCGAGCCGAUCCUGGCUGCGCUGAACGGGUUGCUUGGCAUUCCCGUGGCCCACCCCUGA